AGACUCGAGUCGCUCGCGCGCGCUGCCCCCGCUUUGACGUGCGUAGUUGCGCUUCCAUUCAUCUGGUUGCGCUCGUGCCAGAGAGCAGGAUGUUGUGGAUCUCGGAGAUCUGCUGACUCUCCUCGGGGCUUCUCCUUCCCUUUCUGCUGGAUCCACCCGAGCUAUGAGGUUCAGGAGAAGAUCCUUCCUCGGGCUCCUCUUCCUCUUCUCUCUCUCUACAUCGGCGCUUUACUUCAUCUACUCGGCUCCCGGGAUCGUGAACGAGUAUCUGUUCAUGGUCCAGGCUCGGGGAAUGCGGAUCCGUGAGAACAUGAGAAACAUUGGAGCUCAGGUUCUGGAGCAGGUGGUCAGGAGCGCCUACAGCGUCAACGGAACAGACUACCUGUAUGACUUUAACCUGAGUGACACGUCUGCCCCGCCCACUCCGUACCUGCCCGUGGGGUUCACUUACCUUCCCACCGACAUCUGCCCUGAGAAACUCCCCACUAUGAAGGGCAGGCUAAAGGUGGAUAUGAGUGAGAUUUCUCUCUCGCGCGUGGAGAAAACUUUACAGAAAUCUGACUCCACCAUCCGCCUCGGAGGCCACUGGAAACCCCACGACUGCAUCCCGCGCUGGAAAGUGGCCAUCUUGGUGCCUUUCCGAAACCGGCACGAGCAUCUGCCCAUUCUCCUGCGACACCUCAUCCCCGUGCUGCAGAGACAACGACUGCAGUUCGGCUUCUACGUCAUCGAACAGGCGGGAGACGAGCCCUUUAACCGUGCUAUGCUCUUCAACGUGGGCUUUAAGGAGGCGAUGAAGGACGUGCAGUGGGACUGUGUGAUAUUCCACGACGUCGAUCACAUCCUGGAAAAUGACCGGAAUUACUACGGCUGCAGCGGAAUGCCGCGUCACUUCGCCGUCAAACUCAACAAAUACUCCUACAUUUUGCCGUAUGAUGAGUUUUUCGGCGGCGUGAGCGGUCUCACUGCUGAGCAGUUUCAGAAGAUAAAUGGUUUUCCCAAUGCAUUCUGGGGCUGGGGAGGGGAGGACGAUGACCUCUGGAACAGGGUUCAGUACGCGGGCUACACCGUGAGUCGACCACCAGGUGACGUGGGUCGCUACAUGUCCAUCCCUCACCACCACCGAGGAGAGGUGCAGUUUCUGGGCAGGUACACGUUACUUCGCCACUCCAAGGAGAGACAGAGACUGGACGGUCUGAACAACCUGAACUACUCCCCCCUGGUGUCCCGGAGGAGUCUCUACACCAACAUCUCCGUCACUCUGAGUCGAAACCUCGCUCCCAUCGACGAAUAUUAACCGCUCUCACUCCGCAGUGAAGAGGAGGAGCUCCGUCGCUUCUCCUGACCUCCUCGAAACCAUCUUAGAACGACCAGAACGUCUUUCAGGCCUCGUCGCUAAUCCCAAUUCUCCGAUUCCUGAGCCUUCACCGCAUUUCAUUUCUUUUUCUUUUUUUCAAAUUGGAAAUAUUCUACAGUCAGGACUGUCGUCAUAUCGCCGCAUCAGCGCGACCUACACGGCAAGGAAAAAAACAACAAACUAUUUUCCCACCUUUUUUAAAAUCGUCAUUUCAGCCACGUCAUGUUUUUAGCCACUCUGACCUGCUGACCACGCCCAGCUACAAAAAAGCCUCUACAGAAGAAGACGAAGACGAAGAAAGUGCCGGGUCUUUUUCUUCCGAUGCCACAACAGCGAAAGUAGAGUCUACAUGUUUACAACGGGAAAGAGUACGCUAGCUAGCGAGUAAGCAUGCUAGCUAGCUAGCUAGCCGCCAUCGCAGGAGAACACUUUAUUCGCUUCUUUUGGAUAAAGUUGAGGAACGCACAGCUGGAUUCUGUGCAGUGUAACCAGAAUCCACAAAAAUGCACUGAUAGGAAGGCAGUACAGAAAUGUAUCGAAUAUAUCAAAGUGACAGAUGUGUGUGAGUGUGUGUUAAGUGUGUGUGAGUGUGUGUAUAGCCUCUCCUUGCAUGUCCCUUUCCCUAGUAUGUAACAACACACCACCUGACAGCCAAAUAAUUGCACGAGGGCUCAUCAGACUUGUUUGUUUGAGGUUCACGUGGUGGCGCAGUACACAUGUCCAAACACGACGCAUAGGUUCGGAAAAAAUGUAUGUGUAUGGAAAAGAUAAGCUCGUGCCAGACUGCACUAAAAAAGAAAAGCUAAUACGGCUAUGCAAACCAACCCUCUGCUCGAUACACACCUGCUAACACGCCCUGUACAUCUAUUGUGGCGCUUUAUUUACAUACAUGAAUGUAUAUGUACAUACGUUGUGUGUGUGUGUGUGUGUGUGUGUGUGUGUGUGUGUGUGUGUGUGCGUGUGCAAAACAGGAGAGAGCUAUGCAAAGCGCCGCUGUGACGUUCGAAGCCCUCGUGUGUUGAAUGAACUGUAGUUGUGCUAGUAAUGUGAACAUGCUAACUAGGCUAAUUAGGCAAUGCUAGUUUUCAUUUGGGCCAAAAAAAAAAAAAAAGUGGGAGGGGCAUCGCGAUAUUUCAAAACAUUUUUAAAAGCCAUGUUUACACCAUGAUGGUGAUGGUUUAUAAUGGUUUAUAACAGCUAGAUUUGCUGCGCCGCUAACACACUUUACAGUUUGUUUACAGUGUGUGUACGGCGUGUGUAUGUGUGUGUGUGUGUGUGUGUGUGUGUGUGUGUGUGUGUGGUGCCUCUAGCUACCUCUACAGAAGUCUAAACUACUUGUGGCCAUAAUUGGGAGCCAUUUGUACUUAAUUCAUUAUGAUCUAUUUUGCCCGGUGCUUGGACAAAUAAACUCGCAGAUCAAGCUAGGCUGACCUAACACACACUCAUACACAAGCGUACACACACACACACAUACACACACACUCUCAUACACACACUCGUACACAAGCUUACACACACACAUACAUACACACACACUCUCAUACACGCACACACAAGCGUACACACACACAUACAUACACACACACUCUCAUACACACACUCGUACACAAGCGUACACACACACACAUACACACACACUCUCAUACACGCACACACAAGCGUACACACACACAUACAUACACACACACUCUCAUACACACACUCGUACACAAGCGUACACACACACAUAGACACACACACACUUGCUUUCCCUCAUUCACUGCAGCCCUCUGACUACCACUACAUGAUGGUUUUGUGAUUUUCUCUCAUGUGUGUGUGUGUGUGUGUGUGUGUGUGUGUGUGUACCAGGUCGAGUCCAUGUUCUUUACCAGAGGCUGGUCCUCUUGUAUUUAUUCCAUUAUGGAUUUUAAUUUGACGUUUCUUAUUGCGUUCAGUGAAACACACGAACGGAUCAAGAUGUAAAAAGAAGAACAGAAAAACGAGACGAGCUGUGAUAUUUUUUUUUUUAAAUGUGUCGAAUGUUUGGGAGAUGAAACUCUUCUGAAUGGAGAGAGCUGUUUUCAUAUGAGGACGCCGCUGAGAGAGAGAGAGAGAGAGAGGGAGGGAGAGAGGGAGAGAGGGAUGAUAUUUAUGGUGCUGACCUCAUCGAGGCUGAGUAUUGUGCAGCUGCUAUUUUAUUCUCUAUCUGGCGUCAGUCGUGAAACCCGACACGGACGGUAUAGAAGGUGGCGCAUCACGGCGGGCGUGUCUCGUGGGCUCCUCCUCUGUUCUCUCGGCGUCUGAUAGAAACGGUUCGGUCUUGCCAAGAUGGGGGUCUUUAAAUAUAGUGAUUCGGACCUGUGUUUCAGACUGACCUUCUAACUCGACGUUCACACACGCAAGCGACAAACAAAUCGAUUCGCGUCACAUGACGGUUCCUGUCGUCGCAUGUGGGCGUGGCCCGUCCUGUCCUGUCCUGUCCUGUCCUGUCCUGCGGGGUUUUUAUUGGACCUUUUACAGACGUAAAAUAUGAGAUGAAACCACGGUUCGUCAGGUAGGACCUCAGAGGAGAACCGAAGACGAGUCACACCACAUGCUCCACAGGAUUCGUCUGGACCGCCAGGUUCCACAGAGAAGUGCAUGAACGCAGGGAUACACCGACUGACCGAUUUAUCCUUUUAUUUAUCUUUUAUUUUUAAAUGCUGAAUUUUAUGUGUAAGUGUAGACUCCCAUCAGCAGCAAACUCCAUUCAACCAUAGCCAUGAUAAUCUUCUUACCUGAUCCAUUCUGAUCCAUUCUGUAUGACGGGACGGAGGCGAGUGUUCCCUCCUUCCUCCGAUGGAAUGGCAGCCUUAAUAUUUUACUUUCUUCAAUGUUAUUAUAUGGUUAUUUUUUAUUUUUAUAGUCAGAUCUAUUUAAAAUUGAAGACGGAUGUAUAUAUGUGCGUAUGUAUGAAUGUCCACUUGUAUAUACGUGCUGUUUUAUUUUAAAUAGUUUUAGGAAAGAAAGAAAGCUCUUACAAUCGUACUGAUUAUUAUGGAUGAUGGAAUAUCACCGAACAAAAAAAUGAAAAAAAAAACAACAACAACGACAACAAAAAAAAUUCCGAGUCGUUUACAAAAUAAAUAAAAAAAUAAAUAAAUAAAUCGGAAAAGUAAUGAGAGGGGAAAAGUCCCAGAGGAAUUUUAUACUGAUAUUUACUUCUGAGAAGAAUAAACGAAUGAAUAAAAGUAACGAUGACGGGUAUGUCCUGGUCGGACGACCCGACAGCUCCGUAUGCGAUGUCUUGGUGUGAAUCCGCGUGAAUAUGUCGAUGUUUAGAGAAAAGAGAGUAGUAAUAAACGCUGUGCGGUGACUGUCGGGAGAUGAUGGCGUCUCCUUGCUGAAGCCGUCUGCCGCGUGUACGGUUCUGUGUUUUGCGUUUGGAGUGCACAUGAUGAUCUGUAUGACGUGAGAACCUUUUUUUUUAUUUUUUUUAUCAUGAUUGUUGUGGAAAUUGCAGAAACCCAAAAAUAAACGAGACGUCACGCCACA